AUUAGAAAUAGACACUCCUGCUGGUACAGGAGCAGCGGACGACUUUUUUUGGGCUACAAGAUAGAGUACUAACGGGGGAAAAACUAUGAAAAAGAUUCGGCGAUGGCUGCUACUGUUUGCGGUCAUAAUAGCGCUGAUGGUCCGAGUGGACGGUUUGAAGGCAACGUCGUUGAUCUUUGGACGCGGUCCGGCCACCUCGUCAACGACCACGACCACCAGCACAACGACCGCCGCCACAUCGACGACAGAAGAAUCUGCCGAAGCAGAAGAUGAGGCCGUCGAUCAAGGCGAAGAUGCAGUCACAAAGGCUCCACUUACCGGCAUACCGCAGGUCGAUUAUGUCUGGGAUCCAAAUUUGCCUCGAGAAUUGCGAGGAUACAAUUUGUCCAAUUAUCCCUUCCUGGACUCGGUACCGUCAGAGGAGGACAUUGGAUUCACGUGCGAUCCGAAGCUGCACGACGGAUUCUACGCCUCGAUCAAGUACAACUGCCAGCUGUACCAUCACUGUAUCCACGGCAUCCGGUACGAUUUCCUGUGCGCCAACUAUACGGCCUUCGAUCAGAAGACCUUUAUCUGCCAUUUUGCGUCGGAGGUAGACUGCAAGAACUCGCCCAAAUACUGGUUCCGAAACGAGCCACUGUAUAAGGCGACUACAACAACCACGGUGAAACCUCCGCCGACAACUUCAACAACACCCGCCCCAACGACGGUUCCUUCGCGACCGAAACCGCUCCGCAAACCGGUCCGAAGAAGGCGUCCACAGGUCGACUACUACUACUACGACGAGGACUACGAGGAGGACUACUACGAGGAGCGCAAUCGACGUCGUAAGAAUCGGCCAAGGAAUCGUCGACCACUGUACGAUGAUUACGAGGAAGAUGAGCGGUUCGAGCGGGUACGCUAUCGUGAACGGGAACGCGAUCGGGAUGAGGACGAGGAAGACUACGAAGAUCGCCGACCGUAUCGGAUGAAGACACGCACGCGUACUAGUGCCGAUCGGCGACCGGUUGCGGUAGAUGAUGAUCGACGAUAUUACGACGAUCGGCGUCGUGAUCGUGAUCGACGCCCUAUGGCAGACGAUCGCAGACGUCCACUUCCUUUGGAUGAGGUGGAAGAAAAGCGCCCAGCAAUGAUGAACGAACGAAGGCGCUUGCCACGACCAACGACUGAUCGCCGACAGGUGGGUGACGAUCGUCGUUCGUUUCCAGCGGACGCCGAGAGUCGACGUGGAUCGGUAGCGGAUGAGCGUAAAGUGCCCGCUAAACGUCCACUGUACGAUGAUCGACGGUAUCAGGAUGAGGAGGAGGACGAUUAUGACGCACCUGUCGGAUCGUCGUACGGAGGAGGUGGUCGUCGUGCAUCGGACAAAGGUCGACAGCAGCAGAACGAUGUGGUGACGGUGAAACCUUCCGGCUCAAGCAUUUACGAUCGUCCACGGGCAGCACCACGCAUUAACCGGCCAGUUCCGCUGAACGAGAAGAGCAAGUACGCGUACGGCGGCUCGGAUACGCCCAACGGAAAGCCUUCGAAAUCUUCUUCCACUACGGCAGCGCCGGCAGGUGGAUCGGAGCCGGAGUAUUACGAUGAGUAUGAGGAACUGCCUCCUGCUCGGCGUGACGAUAAACGUAAGGAGGCGGGAGCAGCGGUGUCGGGCGGAAAGCCACCAAGACCAAGCGCAUCGUCCGAUGUGGUGUACUACGAUGAUGUGAUUGUUGCGAAGGAAGAUUUGCCGUUUCGGCCGGUGCCGGGAAAUGUGCGCAAGCCGGAGCAAACGGAGCGUGUAAAUAGCCGAGAUAAUUCGGAACUCGCCAAGGGAUCUCGUGGAAGUACGAAGCAUCAACAGCAGACACCCGCUAAACCGAACCGCAAUGUGCUGCCGGAGACUGUCGAUGAGGAGGAAGAUGCCGACUAUGACGUACCAGCUGCCCGUCCAACCGUAAUUGCUCGGCCACAGGCGAAUCUGUACGCAAACUUCAAAUCAAAGAAGCACCAGCAACAGAGGGAGUCACCAUCGACCGAAAGCAUAACCAGUAGCACAACGCGUGGUCCGAGCCGUUCUACCAAGCGACCGUUUCUACCGAGUCGUGGUGGUAAUCCAUAUCUAGCGCGUGGUCUUCAACCGGUCGGUGUCGCCAAGCAGCCCUCAGGUGGUAAGUCCUCGGAACCGGAGAAACCGGCACCGUUUCGUAUCGAUAUCGAUGGCAGCACCACACCGCAAGCUGUGACAGGAAAGCGCAAUCAGCAGCAGCAAGCACCACCACCACCUCCCCCACCACCAUCGUCCGCACCACAGCAACCGGAGGUUGUGAAUGUGAAAACCCUGGACCAGCUGUACGACGAUGAGUACGAUGUGACGCUAAACGAUGCGCUCAAUCCUACGCUGAAGCCACUGACACGCAGCGCACCGCAGAAUUUCUUCCGCAACCGUUACGUGCAUCAGCCGGACACGGAGUUUGUACCGUUCGAACCGUCGUACGCACCGUCCGAGUUCCGCCGGGCAGCUGUUGCCCGACCACCGACGCCAUUACUCUACCAUGGGCCGGUUGCCAUCGAGGCGGGUUCGUCCGCUUCUUCCCAGCGUCGUGGUGCGCACGUGUUCGGCACGUACGAGUACUGA